CUGGGGGCGUUUAGCCUGGAGAAGAUGAGGCUCAGGGGAGAUCGUAUCGUUCUCUACAACCACCUAAAAGGAGGGUGUAGCCAGGAGGAGAUCGGCCCCUUCUCCCGGGCAACCAGGACAAGAAGACACAGCCUCAGGCUACGCCCGGGGAGGUGUAGGCUGGACAGCUGGAGAAAUUCCUCUGCAGAAAGGGUAAUUCGACAUUGGAAUGUGCUACCCGGAGAGAUGGUGGAGUCACCGUCCCUGGAGGUGUUCAAGGAAAGACUGGACAUGGCACUCAGUGCCACGGUCUAGUGCCCACGGUGGCGUUCAGUCACGGGUUGGACACGAUGACCUCAGAGGUCUUUUCCAACCUGAGAUUGGAACGAUUCUGUGAGAGACCGGUGGUUCGGUGCAAGGGGGCUGCGGGGAUGUGGAAGGGCUUUCCCUCUCACCUGCGGCGCUCCUGAGGGAUUGGGUGUCCCUAGCUUGCACCUAAUUUUGCAUAGUUUGAAAUUUGUCGGGAAGGCGCUGAGGCACCCUUAGUGGGGUUUGGACGGUGUGGGUCUCAAUAGGGAGCUGGUAGGGGUGAGCUGAGAGUGUGUUGGUCCCUCAUUAAGCUCUCUCAGAAAAAAUAUAAAAUGGCUGGUUUGUUAGGAAUAAACAAGGGGGAAAAAAGCCCCAAAACCCCCAAUUGAAGCAAGAGCAGAUAAAGGUGAGUUGUCUGUAAUAGAAUUUCUGGUGGAAGGGAGAAGAUUUCUUAGCCAUAGUUCAGUGAGCUUGUGGGAUCAUUUUGCAGUCAGAGUUGUGGGGAUAAAGAAAAGAUUUGGCCUUAAGCUGCCUUGUAUGUGUUUGUGAAAAUAAGUUUGAUAACUAAAGGUUUGAAUUGGUGACCUGGGACAUCUUUUAUAACCCAACAAUCCUAUAUAGAAUAAUAAGCACUAAUCAAGGUUCAGUUUGUUUUUUUUUUUCUUUCCAGUAGCAGGGAGGUUUUAACUGGUGUGUUAAGCAUUUUUCCCUUUAAAUUUUUACCUGCUUUCCCUUUCCUUGCUUCUUGUCUUCUGCAAGCCUUCCAAGCUGGCUUUUAUUAACUCCAUCUUAGGGAGUAGACCUUUCUCUGGGUUUAUUCAAAAUUAUCAGCCACAUGCAGAAGCUGUGGCAAGGAUAUCUUGCCAGUGAUUCCUGGUGAAAAAUACAACUGCACACACAUAUUUAAUAAAAUUCUGUUACAAAAGUCAUGCAUAAAAGCUCCUUUUUGAAUUAAGAUUUGCAGAGGUGAGGUCAGAGUCAUUUGGAGUCUCAUGAGAAAUUGGUUCUACCUUGCAUAUUCUCCAUUAGAUUGAACUGACAUUUUUUCAGUCUGGUUGAAUAAAAUGAACCUUUGAAUCAGUAGUAGUAAUGAACUGCCAUAUAUUUAAGUUAUCUAAGUGUCUAUAUCUGGGUUGACUUAAUCUACUUGUAUUUGGGGAUAAGUAGGUUGUAGAAGUGAUUUGAAAUUCAUCAGUUAUAGGGAAAUUUCCAUAUCAGUUUCCUGUUUGAUUAGACUAGGUGUUUAAAAAGGUGGUUCAAAAGAAGCUAAGACUGUUACCUGAAGACAUUUACGUUGAGAAGCCUAAUACUUAACAUGAGUUAACAGCUUAACAUGAUCUAUGCCACCAUGCUGAUGUGCAUUACAGAAAGUUAACUUGCUUAAUGUUUGCCAAGUGUGAUCUUCUUUUAGCAUUUUGGGAAGACAUGAAGAGAAGGACAGAACCCGAAUUUAGCAGCCCCCAAAAUAAGCAGAAGAAGAGGCUGGAAGACUUGGGAUUAACCCUGAGUUCUACUUCAGAUGAUGAAAAUCAAUUUAGUAAUCAUACUGCUCAAGAGUCUUCCAGUAGCACCAGUGGGUCUGACAGUGAGAGUGAUGAAAAAAGACCAGUCUUCAGCAAUGAGUUCAAACAAGACUCUCUUGUGGAGGGUACUUCAUCUCGUUACUCAAUGUAUAACAGUGUCUCCCAAAAGCUUAUGGCCAAGAUGGGAUUCCGGGAAGGAGAAGGUCUGGGAAAAUACGGCCAAGGCAGGAAGGAUAUUGUUGAGGCCUCCAAUCAAAAAGGAAGGAGAGGCUUUGGCCUGACCCUCAAAGGAUUUGAUGGGGAGCUCAAUAUUGAUUGGCAGGAUGAGCCAGAGCCUAGUGCCUAUGAGAAGGUGGACUGGUGCCCUGAGUGUACCACGGAGAUCCCAGAUGCCCAGGAGCUGAAGGAGUGGAUGACUGUGGGGAAGAGGAAGCUGAUGAUUGAAGAUGAAACAGAGUUCUGUAAUGAAGAGCUUUUACGUAAUGUCCUGCAGUGCAAGAGUGUAUUUGAUGAGCUGGAUGGAGAAGAAAUGCGUAGAGCCCGAACAAGGUCUAACCCCUAUGAGAUGAUCCGUGGAGCUUUCUUUCUCAACAGGGCUGCAAUGAAGAUGGCAAAUAUGGACCAUGUCUUUGACUACAUGUUUACAAACCCUAAGGACUACCAAGGGGUGCCUUUGAUAAAAGAGUAUGAUGCAGAACUGCUCUACUUUGCUGAUGUGUGUGCUGGUCCCGGAGGCUUCUCUGAAUAUGUCUUGUGGAGGCGGAAGUGGCAUGCAAAAGGAUUUGGCAUGACCUUGAAAGGACCAAAUGAUUUUAAACUGGAGGACUUCUAUUCUGGUUCCAGUGAGCUCUUUGAACCUUAUUAUGGAGAGGGUGGGAUUGAUGGAGACGGAGACAUCACUCGAUCUGAGAAUAUUACUGCUUUUCAGAAUUUUGUGUUGGACAAUACUGAUCACAAGGGGGUGCAUUUCUUAAUGGCUGAUGGGGGUUUCUCAGUGGAGGGUCAGGAGAAUCUGCAAGAAAUCCUAAGCAAACAACUCAUGCUUUGCCAAUUCCUUACAGCGCUGUCUAUUGUGCGAACAGGAGGACAUUUUGUCUGCAAAACCUUUGACCUGUUUACACCAUUCAGUGUGGGUCUUGUUUAUCUGCUAUAUUGCUGCUUUGAGAGAGUUUGCAUCUUUAAACCUGUGACAAGCCGCCCCGCUAACUCGGAGAGGUAUGUGGUAUGCAAAGGCCUGAAGUCAGGGAUUGAAGAUGUGCGGGGUUACCUCUUCACAGUGAACAUCAGACUCAACCAGCUGCGCAAUUCUGACUUGGAUGUGAAUUUUAUCGUCCCACUGAAUGUGAUCAAAGACAACCAGGAUUUCUACAAUUACAUUGUCCAAUCCAAUGAAAACCACUGCAGAGUUCAGAUAAAGGCGCUAGCCAAAAUUCGUGCCUUUGUUCAAGACACGACACUGGUUGAGCCACGGCAGGCUGAAAUCCGGAAGGAGUGUCUCCAGCUAUGGGGGAUUCCUGAUCAGGCUCGUAUUGCUCCUUCAUCUUCAGAUCCUAAGUCCAAGUUCUUUGAGCUGAUUCAGGGCACAGACAUUGAUAUCUUCAGUUACAAACCCACUCCUCUGAACUCCAGCACACUGGAGAAAAUUCGCCAAGUGUUAGAUUACCGGUGUAUGGUGUCUGGAAGUGAACAGAAGUUCCUCUUGGGAUUAGGGAAAUCACAGAUCUACACUUGGGGUGGUCGCCAGUCAGACCGCUGGACAAAGCUGGAUUUGAAAACUGAGCUGCCACGAGAUACUCUUCUCUCUGUGGAGAUUGUUCAUGAGCUGAAAGGAGAGGGGAAAGCCCAGCGAAAAAUCAGUGCUAUCCACAUCCUUGAUGUCUUGGUGCUGAAUGGCAAUGAUGUUCGAAUGCAGCAUUUCAACCAGAGGAUUCGGCUGGCGGAGAAGUUUGUCAAAGCUGUUUCUAAACCCAGCCGGCCAGAUAUGAACCCCAUCCGAGUUAAGGAAGUGUACAGAUUGGAAGAAAUGGACAAGAUUUUUGUGAGGUUAGAGAUGAAAGUCAUCAAGAGUUCAGGGGGAAUGCCCCGGCUGUCCUACACUGGCCGAGAUGACCGGCAUUUUGUGCCCACGGGACUCUACAUUGUACGGACUAUGAACGAUCCCUGGACAAUGGCAUACAGCAAAAACUUCAAGAAGAAGUUCUUCUUCAACAAAAUGACCAACGUAGCGACAUACAACCUCCUUCCUGAAGCCAUUGCACCCUUUCAUGUCUGCCAUUACAGCCGCCUCUUCUGGGAAUGGGGGGAAGGUGUCAAAGUGCACGACUCUCAAAAAAGACAAGAUCCAGAGAAGCUAUCAAAGGAGACUGUCCUGUCUUUCAUCCAAGCACACUACCCCUAACCCUGCUCUCUUGAGGGUGCAGGGAGGGGCUGAGCCCAGCUUGGACUCUUCAGGGACUGAUGGGACUGGGAAGGCUCCACAUCUUCUAUCCUGGUAUUCUCCAGAGUUGAUUUCCUGGAGAUGAAGGAACCAGAGGGUGGUAUGCAGAAGGCACAGGAUGAGGCUUUACCCUGGUAGUGUAUAUAAGCGUACAGCCCAGGUAGCACCUGGUGCCAGAGUACCCAAGGUGACUCCUGAAGCCGAGGCCUAAUGUCCUUUUGUCCUGACGUACUGCAUGCAUGAGGCCAAAGGGCUGACAGCUUUCUUUGCUCCUGUUCAAACAUUCAGCAGGGUUUGUGGAGCUCUGUGUGUACCAGAACUCCUCAGGCUUCUGCUUCUCUUGCAAUGUGGGAAGGAGUAGAGAUGUUUUGAUGGCAGAGCUGGGCAAUUGCACAUUGAAGCAGCCCUGCAUUGCUCCUGGCAGCUGUCUCCUUGGCCUUGUCAGAGGCUUUGACUACAGUGGAGGGUGUCAAGUCUUUGGUGAGCUGUGGGCAAAAGUUAUAUAUUCUUGUUGGUGUCUCUAACACUUCUGUUUAUCAAGGCACUCAGCUAGCCACUGGCAAUUCUUAUGUAUGGUUCCCUGUUGAACAAAGGUCAAUGCAGGUGUGGCACAGAUCUGAUAUGCUUACACCUCUGCAAGCUGCUUUGACAGGGAUUUCCCCUCUCCAGGUUAGUGACUGAUGCCAAGCCAGCAGUCUGGGACUAAUUUGUGAAAAUGUACCAUGGUUGGUAUAUGUGCUUCAUGGUACUUCUGAGACCGAGGUGUUUUGAUUCUUGGUACUUAAUAUUAUUACCUAAACCUUCAGGGAGGAAAGUGGAUGUGGGAGGGAAGCCACAGAAAAGCUAAGAUGCUGAAGUGUCUGGAAGAAAUGAUGGGAAUUUCUAACUUUAGAAGUACCUAGGACUUCAAUAGAAAGAUAUCUUGACUUUACCCAUGCAGGUUAAUCAGAAGCAAUCCUUGUCCCCUGUGUCCACUGGAAAGUUUACUAGACUUUCCCUUUAAAAUAUCAGAGUGGCUUUGAAAUCCUCUGUAUCUCAUUUGGCUCUGGAACUGCAUCUGAAGUGAAGGCACAGAGCUGAGAAACUUUCAGUUUGGCAUUUGUGUCAAGACUUCUUCAUGUGCUUCUGUUGCAUCUUUUACUUUUACUUCUGACUUCCAUGGUACUUUGCCAAGUCUUCCACAUUAGUCAGAAGGUAACAUGUAGUUGAAUGCUUUUGAACAAGCAGCAAGAUAGUCCCCUUUUUUGAUUUUGGGUUUUUGGGGUUUUUUUGUUAGUUUGUUUUUUUUUGUUUUGUUUUGUUUUUUGUUCUUGGCUUGUUUCUAAACACAGAUUGGAAGUAGGGAGAAAAGCGAUUUAGGAGUUUGUCUGAACUGUGCCUUAAGGAAAGCUAUAGUUCUAGAAUCUAUAGCAGUUGUUUAGACUGUCUUUUUCUCCACAUCCAUAUGAAUGAUUUGAACAAGCCUGUGCAGCAAAACAGAAAUUUUGACUUAGACACAGGUCUGUCAAAGCAAUUGAAGGACUGCAAUCCUCUUGGCUGAUCUGUAGACUCUCUCCACUCUUAAACUUUGGUAAGACAUGUAUGAAAGAAAUGGUGGCUCUUUCCCCCUAAAAAGAGGUGUGUCAUUGGUAGCUUUGUCUUGGCAAAGGCACUUCCACGAGGAAUGGGGGGGAAUCUCCCCCAGGGGGCAAUAAAGUAUCUCAACCCCUGGUGUCCAGGCCUGUAUACAGUUGGCUUUUUAAAUCCACCAUCAAUUUGAGUUCUAAGGACCUCUGUGGAUUGCAUUGAGGCUGUUUCAGUGCCAGUAAAGCAUGCUACUCCCUCUGCCAGGCUCCUUUGCAGAGUGUUACGUCCUCAGCUCAGAGCUUUGACUACUGUGGGCUAGAAGAGUGACUAGGAAGUAGGAUCAGUGUAGGCCUUGGAGGGUACAAAAAAACCUGGUCAGUCUGCAGGCUAGCUUUUAGGAAUGGAUACUUUGUUUACUCAGUUGUCUCUAGUUCCUCAUUUUAAUUUGCAUUUAUUUUUGAUACACUCAACCUUGAUUCUAAAUCUCCCUUCAAGUCUGCAAGCAUGAGCCACCAAGCUACUUGCUUCCCUGCUGAGGGAUUUUGUUGGGAAUGGUGGGUGAGGAAGGUCUUGCUGAAGGGAGUGUAUAUGUAUGUUAAAUGCACAAUGUAUUGUUAUUAGGCUUUGUAUAAUUUUGUGUUGACUUCUAUGCUUUCAUGUUCUAUAACCAAUACAGCCCCUUUAGUUCACA